CGUCGUCGUGCUGCGCGCGCUGACGUCACCGCUCGAUAAUGGCCGCUGCCACCCGUCCCCUCCCCGCUACCGUAGUCAGCCGCCUCGACCCGAGCUCAGUCUCUCCACAACCCGCUUCGGUAGCGAGUGCCUAACACGUUCCACAUCUCUAUUGAACAUACUCGGAGCCGAUUGUGAACUUGUUCAGUGUGCCUGUGUAUACCAUGGUGACGGUGAUUUUCGUUAAAAGUUCAAAAAAUUUGUGACAAUUUUCAAGCGAAACGAAGAAAGCCGAUCUCUCGCACUCCGUACUACGUCCGGUGGCGAGAUGUCGGUGAUGCAGAAGCGGCAACACUGCUACUUGUGCGACUUGCCCCGCAUGCCGUGGGCGAUGUUGCACGAGUUCUCAGAAGCGGUUUGUCGUGGUUGUGUUAAUUAUGAAGGUGCAGAUCGUAUAGAAGUCGUCCUCGACACUGCUAGGCAGUUAAAGCGUGCCCAUGGCUUUCAAGAAGGCCGAGGUCCGACACAUGCCAAAGCAACUCAUCGAGCGCCUCUAGAAGCUCAUCAAAACGGUGCAGAGACUACAACUAGAGGUCAACCAGCGCCUCCGGCCCACCACGCUCCUACAACCGGAUUUGCUUUACAUCACCCAAGAGGGGCUGCUACAGGUCUUCUUGCAGAAUAUGGAGGGCGUCGAGAAGAGCAUGAAAACCGGCGUCUGACGCAUCUUCCUCCUACGCAUCACUUAACCGCACAUGGUGGGGCACGGUUAGCCCCAGGUCUAACUCUUAAGCGACCAUUGGAAGACGAUGACCAUCAAAAUCAUCAUGAGCCAACAAAAAGGCUACUGGAAGAGCACACCCGGCCGCCACUAACUCGUGGCGAUUCCUUACCAGCAGUAUCAUUGGCGGCUCCUUUCGUUCCAGAUCGGGUCUUCAAACAAGAAAAACAUCCUCUACGAACUCCAUCUUUUGAUGCUGCUUCCUUUAAAUCUAACGGCUAUGGUAACAGCGCGCCGCUAACGAAUGGUUCGGCGGGAUCGCCAUUGGGAAGGACUGCUGGCUCGCCUCCUGUGACUGGAGCCUCCGCGGGCGCAGGCCCUUCACCGAUGGCGGCACUUAUGUCGGUGGCUGAUACUCUACCACCAGGCUCGCCGCGUUCAGCUGGCGGAUCACCUCCACAACCACCGCCUCAGCGAUCAGCUAGUCGAUCCAGUCAACACUCUCCUAAUUCAUCAGGGUCGAACGGCGGGCGGCGGUCGUCGGGCUCCCGGCACGUGUCGUCGACGACAUCGGUGUCGUCGACAGAGGCAGGCGAAGGCACGGAUGCGGCGGCGCCAACGCCCGCACCGCUGCUCAAGUGCACACUUUGUCAAGAGCGUCUCGAGGACACCCACUUCGUCCAGUGCCCUAGUCAACCGCAUCACAAAUUCUGCUUCCCCUGUUCCCGGGAUUCUAUCAAGCGACAGCAAGGAUCAGAGGUUUACUGUCCAAGUGGGGAGAAGUGUCCAUUGGCAAAUUCGACGGUGCCAUGGGCAUUUAUGCAGGGUGAAAUUGCAACAAUACUCGGAGAGGAGUUCAAACCGAAGAAAGAGCGGGAGACCUAGGGCAGCGCAGCGUCGCCACGACUCUAUCUCUUGUCUCUCUCGAUGUGAACGCUCGUUGUGCACGGGAGGAGUACCGAGCAAGCCGCGGCACGAGGCCGCAAGCGCCAGCCGUCAGCCAUCAGCGACGCCGGUGCGCGGCUCCGCGGCGGGGUGGAGAUUAUUCUCGCCUGCAUCUACCGAACAUUUGUAUAUAACUUUGUAAAUAGUCAAGUUUAAGUUUAGAUCGUUAACCAAAACUACUGACGAUUCUGAACUAAUUUUAGCGGCAGCGGAGGCCGCAAUAAUAACUAUGAUAUGAGCCGUAUUCAGCAUAUUGGAUCUGAUUUUAUGCGUAAUUUUAAAUAAUUCUAGUUCGUUUGGUUGAACCUGUUUGAGGUUCUGAGCUUUUUAAUGCGCAAAAUGGGUGCGAUAUUCUGAAUAGAGUACAUAUCAAUUUUUGAAGAUUUUUCGACUAAUUUUUGUCUAGAUAACGCAUCGUUACAGGAACGAUAAUGUUGAUCUGAAUUAUUCGUAGCGUAAGAUAGCGUUACUUUUCGAGAAUAUUACGCUGAUUCAUGAGCGAGAUUUCUUCGGAUGCCAUUUUCUUAGUUACCCGUAGGUCCAGAACCAUAGUGAACUUGGCAUUUAUUUAUGUGAUUCUUAUAUAUGAUACGAGUAUUAUACGAUAUACGAUCAUGACAUUAUAUGUAGUCGAGUGUACUGAUUGUAAACAUAGUUUUGGAUAUGGGAAGCAUACCGCUCCCUGUACAGAUAUUAUUAAAUCUAUGUAUAUUUGUAUUUAUUACAUUCAAUACAGACAAAAUAGUCUUAUUUUACUAUGAAUUUAAUUAUUAGAGUGGCUCGAGUUCCGUUACCGUCUUGCAUUCGAUGACAACAAUCGGCUUGAUUAUUAAUUUCAACUUGGUCAUGAAUUGCUAUACCUAGUUGUUCUGUUCUGUUUAUUGAAAAAUGUUCAGUACUCUAUUUCGUACAUGAACAUACUUGGAGUGGAUAUUUGAGUGGAUUAAUUUGUAAGAAUAAUUUAAUGCGUCAGUUUCGCUCGUGCUUCAAGCUGAUUCAAAGCACAUGUCGUACUCGUACACCUUCAGAUUUACGUGGUGGCAGUAAAAUAGGUUCAGUUUGAAACGCGACCGCUGGGUGGGCGAUGGUGGCAGUAUUAGCAGAAUCGAUUUGCAUAUGUUGGGGGCGUACCUAGUCAUUUUAUGAAAUGUCAAAUUGUCAGAACCGCGAAUACGCGGCCGUUAUAGGAACUCUUAAAACUCGCUGCUAUAUUUGUAUAAAGUGAAGUAAUUAUCAUUAUAUAUGUCAUUAAUGUUAAACAAUUAGUAGUGUACGUCAAUUUCGAACGCUAUCAGAGAGGCGGACGACUUGGAUGUUAUUUUGCAUUUUUACUGGCUUCAAUUAAAUAAUUAAUUUUUGAUCUUGGUCUUGCACUAUGUUAAUAUUAACUCGUUUUGAUACGUUUCGUAUGUCGUAAUUAUGUGCAUAUGUUUUGUUACAUAUAAAAUUAAGUAUCUAAUUAAUGUUACUUUGAAUAAUGUAAACUGAUUUAUUAAUAACUUCAGACGUUACGUCUAUAAACAAUGCAUGUUAGUACAUUCAAUGAAAUUGAGAUGUCUAUUAUUUAUUUUAUAUAUAGUUGUGUACAUACGCGUAUAUUGUAUAUAUAUAUUUAUGUACUUGUAAAUAUUUUAUUUGGAAAAGUCACUGAAAUCUACAUCCAGUAUUAGUCAACUAUUUCAGCAUUAAUGUCUCUUCAUUAAUAACUCCUUUCCGAAAUUCCUCUAAUUCAAUAUGUAUAAUUAUUAAUCACAUCGAAUCUGGUGAUUAACACAAAUCUAUUUUUAUCGAGUAGUUAAUAUCAAUAAUCGCAUGUAUUUUAUGUUUCAUAGUCAUAAGCGCAGUCUAUCCUGUUGUUUUAGUAAUUGUAUUGUUUAAAUGAAUUUACUUUACAAAUUAUAUUUUUACGAUAAUUAUUUAAAGUGAUAGAACGCUUUUUAGAAUCUGUCAUUUCUGGUAGAUUCGAAAUUGAUUAUUAGUAUUAUCAAUGGUCAGUGGAAUUCCACCCGACAUCGGGUUUGUCGACUGUUAGUUAGGGCCCGCCACUGGCGGCAUUGGUAAAUUGUAAGCACAAACUGUGCAUUUUACUUUUUUACUGCUGGCGUGUUAAAUGUAUAAGAAAAAAACCUUGUUUUGGUUAUACUCUUUCAAAAAUAUUUUUGCUGUUGUAAAACUUUUUUGAGUGUUAAAUAUCAUUUAUUUUUCCACUGGAAAACUAAUAAUAAUAAGUAAUGUGUUACCCAGAUUAGGUGCGUUGCUGACUAUACGUCACAGAUUCUAUAAUUCUUAUGUAUUUUCGAUACAUUUAACGCGCCAGAUUGUUAUAGUCCGCCUUUAUCCAUAGGCUUCUUUGUAGAUGUCGAUAGAAAUUCGGCACAAUAAAAUAUAUACUUAAUUUUGAGAGUCAUCUCUUUCUUACUGUAAGCAGCAAGAGAAAUGCUUCGAUUAAGACGUUAAUGUACAUGUUGGUGAAAAUACAAUUGAUGUGAUUUUGUA